AUGGUUCAGUGGCCAACUCCCUCUUGCACUAAGGGACUACGCGGAUUCUUGGGAUUAGCAUGGUUUUAUCGAAAGUUCGUGCGUGGUUAUGCAACAAUAGCACAACCCUUGACAGACCUUCUCAAAGGGAAUUUCACAUGGUCUUCCACAACUCAACAAGCAUUUGAUACACUGAAAUAUGCUAUGACUAAUACUACUGUUUUGUCAUUGCCUGAUUUCUCUAAGACAUUCUAUGUGAAAAUUGAUGCCUUUGGAUCGACAAUGGAUGCAAUAUUAACUCAAGACAAUCAUCUGAUUACCUAUUUCAGUAAAGUGUUCUGCCCUCGUUUAUCCAAGUCCUCUGCUUACGUUCCAGAGCUUCAUGCCAUUAAGAGUGCUUACAAACAAGGGAAGCUGAACAAAGUGGUUGAUGCUCUUUCACAACCUGAUUGCCUUACUAAGGGUAAGAUGCACCUGCUCACUAUUCCUCAAUUUGUGUUUUUGCGUGAUUUAAAGGAAUCAAAGUUACUUGACCCAGAUUUCAUCCUUAUGAGGGAUAAAUAUCUCUCAGAUCCUUCUUCUUAUCCUUAUUUCAAUUGGAAUGAUUUUGUAAUUGGUCUCCCUCCUUCUAAUGGUUACACAAUGUUAUUGGUGGUCGUGGAUCGUUUCUCAAAGGCUGUCCAUUUGGGCACUAUACAUUCAGACUUCACCGCUUAUAAAGUAGCAGAGUUGUUUGUCACUUUGGUUUGCAAACACCAUGGGUUGCUAAAGAGUAUCGUUUCGGGUAGAGACCUGAUUUUCAUUAGUCGUUUCUGGUCUGAUUUGUUCAAGUUCAGCGACACCCUUCUCCGAAUGAGCUCCUCUUACCAUUCUCAAACGGAUGGACAGACCAAAGUCAUGAAUCACACCAUUGAGCAAUAUCUAAGAGCCUUUGUCCACAACAAACCUAACCAUUGGUUCAAAUACCUUCCUUGGGUAGAAUACCACUACAAUAAUGCAAUCCAUUCUGGGUUUAGAUUAACUCUGUUUGAAGUGGUUUAUGGAAAGCCACCUUCAUCUAUACCUACUUACAUUGAAGACACUUCUUCUAAUGCAGUUUUUGGACACAAGUAUCAUAAACUAGCCAAGCGCUUCUGUGGCCCUUAUAAAGUGCUUGAACGUAUUGGACCAAUUGCAUACAAGAUUGAGCUUUCGCCACAGUCCAAGAUACACAAUGUAUUUCACUGUUCUAUGUUGAAGUGUCAUGAGGGAGCUGUUCCUCCAAGUAUUGACCAUCUUCCUCCUGAGUUUGUGGAGAACAGUCCCCUUGUUACUUCAUUGCUUGUUUUGGAUUUUAAGACAAUACCCAUGGAUGGUGUUCCCACUCGCUUUGCCUUGGUUCAGUGGAACGAGUUGUCUCCAGAUGACACAUCGUGGGAAAAAUGA